AUGGGCCGCGGAGCAACGGCCAACUGCGGGAGGGACGUGCCGCUUCCAAAUUCUGGUGGGGCGGCUCCGGGCGCCAUUGACGACGCUACUGCACCCCAGGGUGUGGAUGCGCAGUCGGGUGGAGGAGUAGCCCCAACCAGGAGGCAGAAGAGGCGUGCGAAGGCGCGGGCGAACCGAGACGCGCAAGAGGGGGCCGGACCCUCCACUAGUGGGGCGGGGAGGCAGGCAACUAAGAGGUCACUGGGGGCCAGUGGCGACUCUUCUCUGCUCGCUGGCGACCACAAGCGAACAAGGGUGGGGGGGACGUUCGCUGAGGUAGCGGCGAGCGAGAAGAUGGCCAUCGUCCCAGUGACCUUUCCAGAGGAGAAGGUGUUGUUGGAGCAUAGGUCGGCCAUAGUGAGCGUCCUGCUCGUGGCGUUAGACGAGGCGGCCGAUCCUAUGCCCGACAUCACGUUAGGUGCUGUCACGGGGGGUGCGCUUCACAUCACCUGCGGAGGAAGCGACGCAGUGGGAUGGCUCCGCUCGGUGAUCGGAAGAGGAGAGAUCGGCGGGCGGCGCCUGAAAGUCGUGGCUGCCAAAGAUCUGCCGAAACCGGUCAAGAUGGCCUGGCGUACGGCGAUUGAUGGCAGUCAGGACGUGGCGCUGGCUCUGCGGGUGAUGCAGAGGCGCAACCCCAAACUCCGCACCGACGAGUGGAAGGUGGUCGACACCGUGAUGUCGGAGCUGAACACCAGGCGCAUCGUCCUGAUGGACCAGGUGUCAGCUGACGUCAUCAGGGAGGCCGGCUACGUUCUGCACUCGGGGCUCGACACCAGCCACUUCAAGCUCCUGGAGACGGGGAAGGAGCGUGAGCAUGAAGAGGCUGGGGUGGAGCCCGGUACGGACGGGGGGGAGGGGGACUCGGCGGCCGACAAGGCUGCGGGCGCCGCGGGGGCGGCGACGGGGGAGGCCCCGGAGCGGGACGCGCCGCCUGGCGCUCCUGCGGAGGUGGCUGGGGACCGGUCGGAGGCGGGGGAAGUGGUGCUAGUCGGGGAGAGUCUCGCUGGGCUGCGCUGGGCCCGAGAGUCGUCACCGAUCUCGUCGAUGGCGGGCUCGGAGGACCUGCGCGGUCUGGAAGAACUCUACCUGGAGGGCACCACUUCGCCCAUGUCCUGCGACAACACGGUCCAGGAGGUGGCCGCUGAUCUCAGCACCACCAAACACUAACCGCCGUAAUGGAGGGGCUAAGGGAUCUGACCACGGUCAAGAUCCAGAAUAAAGGGGGG